AUGUAUACUCAGCGUCCGCUGGCUUAUGCGCCUACGCCGUAUAGCUAUACACCAAACCCGACGCUGUCAGCUACGAUUAAUCUAGAUGAGGAAGUCAAACUAGCAUCGAGCUCUACGGAGCGGGAUCUGUACGAGUCGCUGGCCGAGAUCUACAGCAUCAUCGUUACCCUUGACGGGCUGGAGAAAGCAUACAUCAAGGAUGUAGUCACAGAAGCAGAGUACACGGAGACGUGUACGCGGUUGCUGAAGCAAUACAAGUCGAGCUUGGGGGACGAUGCCGUCGCCAACGAGUUUGUGGAUCUGGAAACUUUUAAACGGACCUGGGGUCUGGAAUGUCCUCGUGCCACCGAACGUCUCCGAAUUGGUCUCCCCGCCACGGUCGAACAAGCUUCCCACAGCGUACCGUCGACGAACAUGGGUGCGGCAGCUACAGGUCCAGCCGGUGGUGCAUCGGGCAGUCUGAUUCUUACCGCUACGGAGAAUUUCAUCACAUUCCUCGAUGCGUUGAAGUUGAACAUGGUCUCGAAGGAUGCCCUGCACCCACUCUUGUCGGAAGUCAUCCAAUCAGUGAAUAAAGUGACAGACCGUGACUUUGAGAACAGGGGCAAAAUUAUUCAGUGGUUGAUCGCACUGAAUCAAAUGCGCGCUACAGAGGAACUAAGCGAGGAACAAGCCAGAGAACUGGCUUUUGAUAUCGAGUCCGCUCCAGGUUAUUGCUGUUUCCAGAACCCCGCUACCAUGAUUAGCGCCGAUAACGAUGAGCCUCUUCAUGUGCUCGACCUACCCCAGAUCUAUACGAAGCCAUCGGGAACAGAUCUUCUCAAGGCGCUCGAGUUGCUCGCCAUCAAACCCCGGGGUUUUAGUCACAGCGGUCAUGAAGCGGUGAAGACCAGAGCCGUCCAGCCAGCUGGCGUAACUCAGUAUCUGACAUCGAUCAUCUCGAGUUCUCUUGCUUGGCUGGACUCUGACGAACUCCGAGAGGUGGUUUGGGAUACGACCGCUGCUCGACUGAGUGAGCGGUCUGGCCGAACGGCCAUGCCAUCCAUGUCUCGGCUCUUCGCGAUUCCCACGCCAUCAGGGGAGGAGUUCACUCUGACGUUGCAUGAGCCGUCUCUGACUGCCGACAAUCUUGGUAUGAAGACAUGGGUUUCGUCCUACCUCCUCUCACGCCGUCUCAGUGAGCUGGUUGAUUCCACGCCGCAGCUUGUGCCGGCUGCAGCGACAGCGCCAAACACUAGCGGCAUACUUCGAGCACUCGAGCUGGGUGCUGGAACGGGGCUCGUGGGACUUUCAUUCGCCGCCCUCCGCGGCGGUUCAGCAACCAUUCAUCUCACCGAUCUGCCAGAGAUCGUACCGAACCUCGCACAUAAUGUCGUCUUGAACGCAGAGUUGCUCGGUAAAACAAGUGCAAAUAUCACCACUGGCGUUCUAGACUGGUCGGUUCCGCCAGAGCCCCUCCCAUCACAAGAGGAACGGUACGAUCUGAUCCUUGCUGCCGACCCGCUCUAUUCUCCCAAGCAUCCCAAAUGGCUGGUCGACACCGUCGCACAGUGGCUGAGCCGUGGUCUAAAUGCACGGGUGAUCACCGAGAUGCCUCUCCGCGAUGCGUAUCUGCCACAGAGGCAAGAAUUCCGACAGCGCAUGGAAGAUAUCGGCCUGGCCGUCGUCGAAGAGGGAGAAGAGAUCGGAUACGACGAUUGGGAGAGCGCCGACGGCGGCGCUCUCGAGAUGGUCAUCGGUCUCCUCACACUCGCCGCGAUCCCGACAGUGACGGGCGUCGCGCUCGGAGUCAACGAACAGAAAAAGGCAAACGAGCGGAGAGAAGAUGCUCGGCGGAUGGCGAAUUUCAACAUCGACGUCGAAUGUCCGGGUGAAACGCAAGAAGCAGAUGUCCUCAAUGGGAAGAGGAUUGUUCUAAGAGAUGAAAAGGUGUAUAUAGACGAUCCCGAUCCCUCGAAACGGGAUGUCUCCUCCCACACCUCGAAAGCCUUCUACAUCGAAUACCCAGAACCGGAGGAGACGAAACAUCUCAAGCGCGGGCGCGGCCUGCCCAGCACGGUCCGCGAUAACCCGCCCCUCCUGAAUUGGAUCUACGUGGACGUCGACACGUACGAGCUGAAAUACGGGAACCGGUCGACGAGCAUGCACCAUCUGGUCGGGCCGUACGAUUGGUCCGACGACGAGAAGUAUAUCACGCUGGAAGGGCGGAGUGCGUUCUACGCCGUGGAGGAAGAAGACGGCCAGUGGGCGGUGUAUUUCGAUCUGGACGGGGAUGAGCUGGAGGGCAUCUUCGAGGAAGAUGGGAUGCUGGACUGUGCGUUUGCCCCGAUUUUAUUAAAGCGGACUAUGGUCCCGGAGAGCGAGUCAUUACAAUAA